AUGGCGCUGCGCGCUGCUCCCCGGCGCGCACCGUGGCUGGCGCGCGCGCUCCUGGCGCCAGGGGCGGCCCGCGCAGCCCCACUCACAGCGCGCGUCCCGGUUCCGUCGCCGCCGGGCCCCCUCCCCGAGCUCCCCGCCGUGCGUUUCGCCAGCAGCGGGACGCAGGGGACCGAGGGAGAGGGGCCGCAGCGGCGGGUGGUGGUGGUGCGCAUCACCAACCCCCUGGCCUGGCUCCGUACUCGUUUCUACUACCUGCUCAUCCGCCUCUACUUCGACUCGGAGUUCAGCAUCGAAGAGUUCACGCGCGGCGCCAAGCAGGCCUUUUCCGUUGUUUCACAGCUGUUAUCUCAGCGAAAACUUGACCUGCUGGAUGGCCUGGUUUCAACAGAGGUACUUCAGAUGUUGAAGGAAAAGAUUUCUUCACUUUCUGAGAACCAUAGGGAUGCUUUAGCAGCUGACAUGGAUGCAAUCAUGUACACAACAGAAGGAGAUGUUCGCAUUUACUAUGAUGAUGAUGGAAGAAAGUUUGUUAGUAUCCUGAUGCGUUUCUGGUAUCUGAAUAGUGCUAACCUACCUGAUGAAGUACCAGGUGAAACCAAAGUCUUCCAGAUUGUGUUUGGAGAUGAAAGCACAAAGGAAAAAAGGCAUAUUUUAACAGCAAACUAUGAGUUCCAAAGGGAAUUUACAGAAGGAGCAAAACCGGACUGGACAAUUACACGAAUUGAACAUCCAAAGCUAUUAGAAUAAAUGCCUUCUGCGGAAUCUUUAUGUUAUAAAUGUUCUGUUGUUACAAAUAUCAGACGUUUUGGUCUAUUUUUUUUUCCCUCUUUUCCAAAAGGAGGGAAGAACUUUGUAUGUUUGAUUUAUCCAAAAUUGUUUCUGAAGUUUACACUAUGCUGAAACCUUGCAAUAAAGCCUUUUCCAUGGAA